CAGUAAGACAACUGAGGUUUCUGGCAUCUGUGAACAUUCACCAUGUAGAACUUUAGACUACAACAGAAUACUGAGGUCACAUGUUUCAGGGAAAUGUUUAAAGAAAUUGAGCAACAAAAGGUUCUUCUUUUCUCAGGUUGUUGGAAAUUGUUGUGAAUCUGUUUUUGGCAUAAAUAUAUCUGUGAAUAUUUUUGUACGUAAAAUAAAACACUGUUUGUUGAGAUCUGGGAUAAAUUAUUUAAUCUUCAGAAAAGUAAACGCCUUUCAUAUUCACAGAGUGCCCAUGCACUGUUAAAAAUGCUUGCACCUUUCUUAGAUAUUAGGAUAAACUGUCUAAAAUUUAGAUAGAGAACCAAUUUAGACUCUAAAUUGUUGGUUCUCUAGCACUAAGCAGUGCCAAAGCUCGACACUAGAGGCUUCUCUGCCGCCGUUUGUGUUCGGGUUCACCGCUGGAUGCUGAGGACACGCUUUCUGCUGUUCCGCUGCAGCAGCUGCUGGUGGCGGGGAUGAAGCUCCCAUGAGGUCGUGGAGUGGACUCUGUUUUGAAGUUAGACGCAGACACAAGAGCCGCGGCCAUGGCCGGAGUUUUCGACAUCGACUUGGAUCAGCCGGAUGAAAAUGUAUCCGAUGAUGAACUUGAAGACGGGGGUCACAUCAGUGAGUACAUGGACCAGUGCAGUGGUUUUGACUUUUACAUGGAUGAUUGUGAAAAGAUUGAAAUUUCAGAGAACAGCGUGAACAAGGGAACAGAGCAGAUCAGGCCUGAGUGCUUUGAGCUGUUGAAGGUUUUGGGAAAAGGUGGCUAUGGAAAGGUAUUUCAAGUUAAGAAGGUAUCAGGUGCUGGGUCUGAAAAAAUUUUCGCCAUGAAGGUUUUGAAGAAAGCCAUGAUUGUACGUAAUGCAAAGGACACGGCUCACACCAAAGCUGAGAGGAAUAUCCUAGAGGAGGUGAAACAUCCUUUCAUUGUUGACCUCAUCUAUGCUUUCCAAACAGGCGGGAAGUUGUACCUCAUCCUGGAGUAUUUGAGCGGAGGAGAGUUGUUCAUGCAACUGGAGAGAGAGGGAAUUUUCAUGGAGGACACGGCGUGUUUCUACCUGGCAGAGAUUUCCAUGGCACUGGGUCAUCUGCAUCAGAAGGGAAUCAUCUACAGAGACCUGAAACCAGAGAACAUAAUGCUCAACAACAAUGGGCAUGUGAAGCUGACAGACUUUGGUCUUUGCAAAGAGUCUAUCCACGACGGCACAGUCACCCACACCUUCUGUGGUACCAUCGAGUACAUGGCUCCAGAGAUCCUCAUGAGGAGUGGACAUAACCGCGCAGUAGACUGGUGGAGUCUAGGAGCUCUCAUGUAUGACAUGCUCACAGGCGCACCACCAUUCACUGGUGAAAACAGAAAAAAGACCAUUGACAAAAUCCUGAAAUGCAAACUCAGUCUUCCACCUUACCUCACACAAGAAGCCAGGGACCUUCUGAAAAAGCUACUGAAACGUAACGCCUCACUGAGGCUCGGAGCUGGACCUGGAGAUGCUGCUGAGGUCCAGACUCACCCUUUCUUCAGGCAAAUAAACUGGGAUGACCUCCUGGCUCGCAAAGUCGAGCCUCCGUUCAAACCUUUCCUGCAAUCAGCCGAUGACGUCAGCCAGUUUGACUCCAAGUUCACCAGCCAGACUCCGGUGGACAGUCCCGACGACUCCGCACUCAGUGAAAGUGCCAAUCAAAUUUUCCUGGGCUUCACAUAUGUAGCGCCAUCUGUGCUUGAAAACGUCAAAGAGAAGUUCUCGUUUGAACCAAAAGUCCGCUCACCACGGAAGUUCCCAGGCAGCCCGAGAACACCUGUGAGUCCAAUUAAGUUUUCGGUUGGAGACUGUUGGUCCCGGGGGUCCACGCUGACCGGCUGCCCGUCUCUGCUGCCUCCUGGAUCUGGGGAGCAACUUAUGGACGUGUCAGCAGUGGAGCAGAUGGAUACAAACAGCAGCGGUGCCUCGGAGGCCUCCGCACCGCUUCCCAUCAGGCACCCCUCUGGGAUGAACGCAGGGACUUACAAAAAACAGGCCUACCCUAUGAACUCGAAACGCCCCAAACAUCUACGCAUGAAUCUAUGACGUUGGGCGUGGCUGCAAACUUUAGGAUUCUUCCAAUUCCCCCUCCUUUUUUUUUAAAAAAAACAAAAACUUAUUUUUUUAUGGACUGACACUGUCAGGUCUGCGCACCAGCUCUUCCAGCAGCACCUCCUUUUCUCUGCCCUCCAGUAUCGUCCUGCCUCUGCCUGAGCUCCUUUGUUUUGUAUCUCCAUUCGUAGCCCUCAGAUGCCCGUCGACCGAGAAUUUCUUAUAUCGGUCAACAAAGCAAAAUAUUGUUAAAAAUCCAACUGAAACCAUUUAAGAAAAAUAUCACUGUAUGCAGUACAUUUACACAACAAUGUGCAUUUGUUAAUAUCAGACAUAAAGUAUGGAAUUCCUUGUUAAGUUUAAAAAAAUCUAAACCAUUAACCUCCUCUUCUCACCUCAAGUGGUGCUAUAUUUAAAGUGUCCCAAAAUGAUGACCUUGUUUAGUGAUGUAUAAUACUUUAUGCCAGUACUUUAGUUUGAUUCUACUGAAUACUGUGUUGGAAAUUCCUACAUUCUUGGAUUUAAACUCGCGGGGAUUUUGUUUUCUGUAAAACUUGAAACAGCACAUUACAAAAAGCCUCUGCAGAGUGUGCACUCGAGUUUUAGUUAUUUCAUGGUAACAUUGCUGUCUUGUAUUUUAGGGGGUUUUAACAUUUAAAUCAUCUUUUUCUAUCUUUAUCAACUUCUUUUUGUUGUUUUAUACAAAAAGAAUCUUGGCUGCCUUUUGUCUACCUCUCAUCUCCUCUGUUGUCUUAUCACCAUUUUAAUAUCAUUCCCAUGUUGUCCAUUUUUAAUUACCAGUUUUUUCUUUCCUAAAUGGUUUCAGUCUACUUUUACAGGUUGUGGAAAUUAUGGGCUAGUUUUAUGGUAACAAAAGUCUGUUUUUACACACUUGAGAGAGGUUUAUAACUUUGGAAGGAAAUCUGGCUGAAGGUUGGGAGCUGAGGUUUUUUUUCUGUGGGAUUUCUGGCAUCUGAUCAUGAUUUAUUGGUGCUCUUAGUCCAAAUGUCGUCACAAUGUUACUGUUUAAUACUUGUUUUUGGUUUUUUAAAUUUACAUUACAGUCAUUUUUCUUUUAACAUGUCAAAUAUUACAGCAACCUCCAACUGUUUUUUUUUUUUUAACCAAGGAUUGGUCCACCUAUACCGGCCAUUACAGCAAACGGUUGGUUGCACCAUGCUGAUCGUUGAAUCAUUAAAGAUCAGUACAUUUUCAAAAUAUAACAUUUUAGAUAUAUUCUGUUAGUAUCCAAGUCUGAAUUACAUUAUUUUGAAAUAUUGCCAGAUUACGUUAAAUGAAGAAAGUAAAUGGAUGUGACCAGAUUCUCUUUGAAUGGUAGCCAGUGACCCAUGGACUCUCUCAGUACUGCUGUUACCACUGUUUCUAACUGGCUGUGUUCAUGUCUGUACAUUCACUGUUUUUAGCCUUUUUAGGAACUGUAAAACCAGAGUGAAACAGCUGACAUUUAUAUAGCAGGACAAACGUCUGUCUGAGUCAUCAAAAACUGACCAAAACACAGACAGGAGCUCAUGCCAGUAACAAAGUGAAAACCCACCAUGAGAAAAGAAGUAGUCAAUAACAUGGACCAAUUAAUUUGUGCAGGUCAGGGACCAACUGGAUGAUGACUGUUCAGUAAAAACUUCAUGACGCUCCACAUUGUUGCUCUACGUUUCUGGUAAAAGAAACUUUAUAUAUAUAUAUCCAAAAGUCCAUUUGACUUUGUUUUUUUUUAUGCAUUCGUUUAAAACGAGAACUAGUUUCUUCUUUUUAAAUUGUUUAGCAACUUAAUAUUUAAUGUUAUUUAGAUAAGGCAUCAGAAUGUGUAAAAUCACUUGUUUUUGUCUUUUUACUCCCACAGUUUUUCCAGAGACCUCUAACUUUUUUAACUUGAAUUAAGGAUGAAGACUAAUAUUACAGUAUUUGUAUCAUUAAGUGGUUUUCAGAAAACUUAAAACUUCAGGUUCUUUUACAGGGCUUAAACCAAGAGCAGUUACUGUGGCACUGGCUGUGUGCCUUUUUAUAUAAGAAUUGUGACUUUGUAAAGAUUUUCUACACCUGGCUCCAGUUUAGAGCAGCAUCAUUGAGGCUGGGGACAUCAUCUUUAGGCUAAGAGUGCGUUUUACCGUUUUGUUCGCCGUGUCGUCUGCCCCAUCGGAGGAGUUAUCUUGUACAUAAUAAAGUCACAUUUCCAAAUAUUUGGUUUCCAAGAUUAUCAAACCUGGUUAAUGUUCAUUUUAAUCAACUGUGCUGCUGGUAAUACUUCUAUAUGAGCUCCACACAAUUGUGUAACUUGUAUUUUGAAUAUUGUUUUUUUUAUACAUAUAUAAAACAAGUCCAAUUGUCAAUUGUAGAGCUUUAUUGAUUCUGUUUAUGGUUUGAAAUGGAUAAAGGUAUAAAUGAAAUUAAUUUGGUACAAAAUAAAAUAGAUGUUUUUGCCAGUCUUUGGUUUUUACAAAAAUGAGGCUCCAUAGAAAAAUAUUGUUUUCUGUGUAAAUCAAUUACAUAAGCAUAAUAGCAUUUUUGCAAGGAUAAGAAAAAGGUUGAUCACAUUUUAAAUCCUAGCUGAAAGAGGAUUAGGUUUUAAUCAAAUGUUUUACUUAAACCCGUUUAAGAUGCAGGAUGUAGAUGCUGACAUUCACACUGUGGCAUUAAUACACAAUUAUUGUUGUAAAUCAGACUUGAACACAAAUGGAAAAAAAACACUCGGAAACUAAAUAGCCGGUGUUUUUCAUUUGUUCAAAAUAGAUCAAAUCUGUAUCAAAUACUUUAAAUAUAACUCUUUUUUUUUU